AUGAAGGUCAUUGCCGUCCUCAUCCUCCUCCUCUCCUGCUCCCCCACCCACAGCAGUUUCUAGCAGUUUCAGAGGAUGGUCAAACACAUCACAGGGUGGAGUGCCUUCUUCUCAUAUUACGGAUAUGGCUGCUACUGUGGGCUUGGGGGCAAAGGGAUCCCCGUGGAUGACACUGACAGCCCCUCAUCUCCCUCUUGCUACGAGAAGCUGAAGGAGUUCAGCUGCCAGCCUGUGUUGAACAGCUACGAGUUCCACAUCGUCAGUGGCACAGUGGUUUGUGGAUGCACCCUUGGUCCUGGUGCCAGCUGCCACUGCGGGCUGAAGGCCUGUGAGUGUGACAAGCAAUCCGUGCACUGCUUCAAAGAGAGCCUGCCCACCUAUGAGAAAAACUUCAAGCAGUUCUCCAGCCAGCCCAGGACAGCUGCCCCCAUCCUGCGAAAAAGCCUGGGCUAG